CUAUGCACCUGUGUGCCAUGUGGUCUGAAUUCUGGGGCUUCUGCAGGUAUAGCUGUCUUAGCCAUCCUGUUAGUGGCUUCUGUCAUCAUCAACAUCAUUCAAUUCAUCAUGUUGAGAAGACAUGAGACCAGACCAGGUUUCGAAGAGUCAUCGAAAACCGUUUCCAGAGAAGAAAGACACGUAUCUCAUGAGGCAAACGACAACACGGCGUAUGAGAUGAUUCAGAAUGGAGAUAGAGCAUACACAUCUCUCAAACUCGGUCCAUCCCACUCUCCCAUCAUUGCUCCUGAAAACGUGACGUUCUUCACCAGACUCGGUUCAAUCGGACGCGGUGACUUCGGCGGGGUAUGGAAGGGAGAACUCCGCUCGAAUCAAAGCCAAGUAGACGUUGCUAUCAGGCAGAUUCCAGAUCAAGUGAACAAUUCAACCAACGUUCUUCGAGCUGUCAAGGUCCUUUCUGAGCUAUCGGAUCAACCGAAUGUUGUCAAGUGUCUAGGAUAUUGCCAAGAACAAGGUGGUAUUCUGUAUGAGUUCAUCCCUGGGGGUACCCUACUCACCCAUCUACAGACCACAGGGGUGCAGUCUCAACCCACAUACGGCAAUCUCAAACCAAAGAGGGUUCGUAUCGAUGAAGGUAGUCUACUCAACCUGGCUUGGCAAAUUGCAAAGGGGAUGCAGUAUCUGGCAUCAAAGAAGAUCAUCCAUGGAACUCUCUGCGCUCACAAUGUGUUACUAGGUGAUAGAAAGCAAUGCAAGCUAUCAGAUUAUGGAUUAUCUUCAUCACUAUUUAGCAACGCAGGUGUGAGUAUCACCCUAUUUAAUGAUAUAUCAUCAGCAUAG